AUGCCUGAUGCUGUCUUUUCAAGUCCUUUGGCACCUGAAGAUCAUCGUCCCUUCAUUGGUCAUUCCAAGAACAUAACCUGCAUCGAGCACUCGCCUGACGGCCUCUUGCUCGCAACGGGGUCCACGGAUGGAACCAUCCGCUUCUGGGACGCAGAGACAGGCCAGCAAGUAUGUCAGCUUACACCUGCCACCCACCCGCUCCAUUGGCUCUCAUUCUCUGGCUCAGGGCGACUACUCGGAGCUAUAUGCGCCGAAUACCGAGGCUCAGGACAUGUCUUUGUCUGGGACGUGAGUAUCAUAGCGGAGAAGGGUCCAAAUGCAAAGAUACCGCUGGUAAAGCAGGCGGAGUACGGAGUUGACUGGCACAAAGUCCCUUCUGGCUCGUACAUGGUCGCGUUUUCGUCCGACGACGCGAUGAUAGCCGUUAUGACGCCUAGCCGAAUAUGCGUUGAAAACAUAAAAACAGGCGACGUGAUUACAGAUGUGCCCUGCGAUGACUAUUCCUUCGACUUCUUGCUCUCCUUUACAUCCAACAACGAGAAUAUUCUCUUUGGAUGCAACAGCUAUCAAGACCGCGAUGUGCGCAGCCUCGAGUUGUCUUCCCAGAGACAAAAGAAGCUCUACCUCAACCUAGCCUCGUCCGGCGAGCUGGAAUCAAAACCCGCCGUCUGCUCGCGCGACGGCAGACUCAUCGCUGGGGUUCUGCCUACUUCCACAGGCGGCAUCCAGGUCUGGGAUGCCGAGACGGGACAAAGCAUGCAUGAUGGCCCGCUUCUCGGACAUGUGAACAUGAGCACGACCAUAUGCUUCUCGCUGGAUGGGACACACGUUAUCGAUGCCUCGUCGCUUCCCCGCACGAUAUGCGUCUGGAGCACUUCAACCGGAGAGCUUGUCAAAGGGCCGUUGUAUCUUGGAUCAUCCUUUGGUGUGUCGUUGAUGGACUGUUCACCCCUUAACGACCGGAUUGCAUGUGUAUCUGGUGAUAUGGUGCACGUCUGGAAUCUCAACACGGGCCAAAUCUGUCUUUCUUCUGUGCCAGACAACACCAGCGAGGAAAAACCAUUGUUUCUGGCCGAAGGAGGAGCCGACGUGAUCCAAUGGUUCCCAGACGGCAGUCAGUUUGUCACCAGCUCCAAGAACGACGACUUCAUUCGCACAUGGGAUGCCAAGACAGGCAACUUAGUCAGCCAAUUUCCAUAUAACGGAGGUUCUCGCAUUGCACUAUCUCCCGACGGCGCGUUGCUGGCAGUGGGAUCUUCAAGCUGGCUCGGCACCGUCGUCCUUCUAGACUCCAGGACUGGCAAAGAAUACACUCCGUCUUUACUUCGUACCGGAACCUCACGCAUUCACAAGUUAGAGUUCGCAUCCCACGGUAUGUUUCUUGCAAUUGUGGCGCAGGACAGCAGUCGUCUCCAUCUAGCUAGCGACCUGCUGGACGACCGCAAGAUUGACCACGUCGAGUGCGCUUCAACCGUCCUCGACUUCACCUUCUCGCCAGAUGCACAGUUUAUUGCAUACGCCUGCGCGGACUGCAUCAGCAUUUACCACAUCGGCACCUCUGCGAUCACGCUCAGACUAGCUGUCGAUGGCUCCGGAUUCAAUCGAUCGCUGUCGUAUGCGCCAGAUGGGAAGUUUCUUCUAGAUAACCACGGCGGAGACGGCGUUACACUCUGGAAUCUUGUCUCAGGCCAGAUGGUUUUUUCGCUCUCGGAAACAGAGCCUGAUAACUCAAGGCUUGCGCUAUCAGCGUUCUCUCCUGACGGACGCACAUUUCUGUGCAACCAUGCAGCAGACGGCGGGGCGAGAAUGUGUAUGUUUGGCAUGUCGGAUGGGAAACAACUUUUGGUUCUGCAAGAAAACAGAAGCGUUAGUGCACUCGCGUUUUCUCCGGGAGGAGACAAGGUGGUCAUUGGACUCGAAGACGGCCCGCUCCAGUUGUACGACACCGCAACGGGCCAGAUGAUCUUGCCUCAGAAUGAUUUGCAGAGUGCGGCAAAAGACUUGACAAGCAAUAUACAAAGUCGGAGAGCAAGGAUUGGCCUCGGAGAUGUCGACGAUGAAUCAAUAAUGAACAUGCCUGCAACGCUCAGCGGGGCGGCCCGUUUACGCUCCCAAACAAAUCAGACCAUGUCUUUGCAUCAACAAUCAAACACAAACCGACCAAAACCUUCUGCGAACAACUCGCCCUUGGGCGUCCUGCUGCGUUUCGCUUCACGUCUUGGAUUUAGGUCCGCACACGCAAACGGACAGGAGAGGCACCACCCGUCGCGCAUGUUCAAGCUCAUAAGCAUCGCGAAAUCAAAACCGCGUAAUGUGGCCGCUCCAGACUCCGAAAACGCUCAAGCUACGCGUCGAAACUCUGGUUCUGACAGCGACAGCUCGAGCAGCCAUUCUGUACCCGUCGCGACGCAGGCACAACCGGGUCCCCUAGACCCAAAUACAGCCGCUGACGAGGAGAGGGAGAGCGUGGUGAGCAACCACGGGGCUCUGGAUGUCGUGCGGUAUUGUCUUUGCUGCCCGUGUGGUCGUUGAUGAUCGGUGUCGGGUGGAUAUGUUUGCCCGGCAUGACUCAAAACGAGGCGAUGUAUCGACGUAUCCUACAAGUACAAUGUUAUUUAGGCUUUAAUGACCCGCAUCACCGGCUAUCUGACGUUGGGAGUCAAGGAGUUAGAAGUUCGG